AAGAUACUAUCGACAAAAGACUAACCUGUCAAGAAUUUCGUCUUGAUCCGGUCAUUAUUUUGUUGAUGCUUCUGUGCUUGAACUGCGCUGCACAAUUCUUGGCAACUGUACUACUACUACUAGCCGGAGACGGAGAAAUAUGUCAUGCUAAGGCCUCAGGUGAAACUCAUAUCAAAGCUAUGCAAUAUGCUGAUUUAGCAAAAGCAGAAGCUUUAGCAGAAACAGAGAAACUUAAACUAAACUCAAUAAUACUCAAGAAGAAAAAGUGA